AUGGCAAUUCCAUCCGAGUGGGAAUUUAAAGAGGUUUUGGAUCAAUUGGAUAAAGUUGAUGAGCGAACUGAACAUGUCUUAGUCAAUACAGUAGAAAGCUCUUCUUGCAAAUAUAAACCAUGGAGUCUAAGAGAAUUUCUAUACCGUUUAAAAACAUAUCGAAACCGGUGGUCUCUAACUUAUGAUUCCAAGCUUGGUGAAGUCAAUUGUUGUAGACAUGGUUGGCUUUGUGACUCUUACGACAAAUUAGCAUGCGAUCUGUGUAAUACAAGGCUUGAUUUAAGUUUUUUACAGAAUAUAAUCGACUCAAAGGAGCUAUCUUGGGAGCUGCCCCAAAAAGUUAGAGAUCGUAUUGAGAAGUCUCUGAUUGAUGAACAUCAAGACGGUUGUUUAUACAAACACAUGAGUUUUCCAGAUAACAUAUAUGAGCUUGAGAUUUCUACGGAGCUUUUGAAUGUCAAGAGGAGGAUAAAAAGUACAUCCCCUUGUUCAGUACAACUGCAUUUCCCGGAAGAAAUGACUCAAGAACGACUGGUAAAAAUUGCUGAAAGAUUCAGUUAUGAAACAUAUAAUGAUCCAUCUCUCUCGGUAAUUGGGAUUGCGCUGACUGGUUGGACGGAGCAAUUGUCAGGUCAAUUGUAUGAGUGCGAUUACUGUCAUCGGAGAGUUGGUGUUUGGAAUUUAAAACAAGAUGAUCAAUUAUUUGAUGUUAUUGAUCAACAUAAAUUAAAUUGCCCUUGGAAAACAUCCGUUAUGAAUAGCCAACUACAGGGAUGGCAGAUCAUCUUGCAAUUGUUGACGACAGAAACAAUUUUUGAGCAAAUAGACACAAAAAAGGAUUAUUCUUAUUGGAUUGAUAUGGCUUCAAAUAUUCUUCAGGAAAUACGAUAA